GUCAACAGUGUCGAUUCUUAUUAAUUUGUUUGUUUUUUUCAACUGAAAUUGUUGCACAAGAUACCUGUUUUAAAUAUUGAAUUUCUUAUAAAGCUAUCAGUGUAUGAUCCUGUAUAUGGCAAUUGGCAGAUUCUUCAGUGUUGUACGGCAGUCUUGCUGCUUGAAUAACCAGUACAGCUUUUAUUCAACUACUAUGACUUCCUUGCUGGUUCCUCCAGCGUCUGUCCGUGGGAUGAUGUGCUUGGAUCGUGAUGCAUUUACAAGAGUUGUGACUGUAUCAACGUUAAAGCUACGUGAUAUUUCUGUCUCAAAAAAUAUACGUGUAUUAAAGAAAUAUUUGUUAAAGAUGUGUAAUUUUAAAUCAGUUCAAAAGAUAAAUGAUGGAGCUAUUAUUUAUCUAAAUCCUGAUAUUGUCAUGAAAUUUGAAGAUAUUACUGAGAAUGAUAGAAAACUAUUAGUAGAUCAAUAUGAAUAUUUUGGUCCAAUGGACAUUACACUAAAAUAUGAUAAUUGGCGUCGUGAUGUGAUAUUAAAAUCAAUUCUUCCGGAAGAUAUUGAAGUUCCUACAGCAUACAGUUUAGUAGGAGAUAUUAUGCAGUUGAAUUUACGUGAUGUACAUUUGCCAUACAAAUCUAUUAUUGGUCAAAUAUUUCUUGAUAAGACUGCGAAUGCACGAACAGUAGUAAAUAAAAUAGAUACAAUUAAUACAUCGUUCCGAUAUUUUGCUAUGGAAAUUCUAGCAGGUGAAAGAAACACAAUAACAUCUGCAAAAGAACAUGGUUGUACAUAUCAGUUUGACUUUGCACAAGUAUACUGGAAUCCACGUCUAUCUACUGAACAUACACGAAUUGUAACAUUUAUGACACAAGGUGAUGUUCUAUAUGAUGUAUUUGCAGGAGUAGGACCCUUUGCAAUUCCUGCCGCACGUAAAAAAGUCCAAGUAUUUGCUAAUGACUUAAAUCCUGAAUCUUACAAAUGGCUUCAAAAAAACGCUCUUGUUAACAAGAGCGAUAUGUCGCAACAAAUACAUCAUUUCUGUACAGCAAGUUUGAUAGUCGUAGGAGAUGAAAUUUUACGUGGUCAAAUAAUUGACACCAAUACAUCAUAUCUGGCAAAAAAUUUAACUGCUGCUGGAAUAAAACUACAGAAAGUUAUAAUGGUCUCUGAUAUCGUGGAUGAUAUUGUUAAAGAAAUACGCAAUGCAUCAAAGCAGUAUUCUAUUGUGUUUACAUCUGGUGGUGUUGGACCUACUCAUGAUGAUGUAACUUAUGAGGCUGUAGCAAAGGCUUUUGAAUUAAAACUUGAAUUAAAUCAGGAAUUAUUUGAUAUAUACACUCGAAUGAUUCCUGAUCAGGCCGAAAUAAAACGACUUGCUAUUGUUCCCAAUACUUGCAAGAUUAUCAUCAUUGAUUCAGGGGCUUUUCCAGUAGUAAAUAUAAAAAAUGUUUACGUGCUACCUGGUUCCCCAAAGUACUUUAAGCCUGCUGCAGACACAAUAAUUUCUCGUUUGAAAGGAUGCACACCAUUUCACUUUGAAUAUAUAGAUAUUGCAUUAGAUGAACUAUCAAUAGUAAACGUUUUAGAUAAACAAGCAAAACGGUGGGAUGGUAAAGUAAAAAUUGGUAGUUAUCCUCAAUAUGAAUUGCAAACACCUUUUACGAGAAUCACUUUAGAAGGAUUCGAAGAAACAAUUGCAGAAGCAAAAGAGGAACUUUUGUACCACUUGCCAAUACAGAAAAUUAUAAAUUUGAAACAUAAAUUCAGCAAUUUUCAAAUGAAUAUUGUACUGGAAAAUAGUAAAAGUGAAAUGUAUAUUAAAUGUGCAUUAGACAUAUUAAAUGACUGUUAUGAAAGAUAUAAUCCAAAUGAAAUUUUCAUUAGUUUCAAUGGUGGUAAGGAUUGCACAGUAGUUUUGCAUUUAGCUGCUACCGUCGCUAAAUUGCGUAAUAUUACAUCUUUGCUGUGCUUAUAUGUAACAGAUGAUUCUUUUCCGGAGGUAGAAGCAUUUGUGGAGUCAGCUGCUCAAUAUUAUGGUUUGGAGAUAAUACGGAUGCAACGACCGAUCAAAUCCGCAUUAUCUGAAUUACUGGAAGAAAAACAUUAUUUGAAAGCAGCUCUUAUGGGUACGAGAAAAGGUGAUCCAGGUUCUGAAAAUUUACAAGCAUUUACACCCACUGAUCCGAACUGGCCACAAUUGAUACGUGUAAAUCCUAUCUUACAUUGGUCCUACAGUCAAGUAUGGACAUUUUUAUUAAAACAUAACAUUCCUUAUUGCUCGCUUUACGAUCAAGGAUAUACAAGUAUUGGCAAUCGAAAUACUACGAUACGAAAUCCGUUGUUAAAAGAUCCUAAUAAUCCUUCAUUUUAUUUACCAGCCUAUACUUUGACCGAUAAAUCUGCCGAGAGAGAAGGCAGAGAAUGUGAAAAGAAAUAAUAUUUGAUUUUUUAGAAUUUCAGACAGACACACA